AUGGGUAAUCAGACAACAGAGAGCUUGACCACCAUCUACAUUGUAACAGAAUCAUUAAUUGGAGCCACAGCUGUUUUGGGAAACACACUGGUCAUAUGGGCUGUAAGGCUGAACCCAGCUCUUCAAGAUGCCACUUUUUACUUUGUUGUUUCUUUAGCAAUAGCUGAUUUUGCAGUGGGAGUCCUGGUUAUGCCACUGGCUAUUAUUUUGAAUAUGGAAAUACAAAUGCACUUCCAUGUCUGCUUGUUUGUGUGCUGCUCAAUUAUCAUUCUGACCAAUGCAUCUAUUCUGUCUUUGCUGGCGAUAUCAAUUGACAGAUAUCUAAGAAUAAGGAUACCAAUCAGGUACAGAUCUGUGGUUAGAAAAAAGAGAAUUUUCAUAUGUAUUUUGUUCUCCUGGAUUUUGUCUGCCCUUGGUGCUCUGCUUCCGGUGUUUGGGUGGAACCAUAGGUCAAACCUUGAAGAGAAUGAAAGAGAUUAUCUGAGAUGUGAAUUCAUCAAAGUCAUGAGUUUGGACUUUCUGGUUUAUUUUUGUUUUUUUGGUUGGGUUGUUAUCCCAUUAUUUUUAAUGGUGGGUUUGUACACACAGAUCUUCUACCUUAUUCAAAAGAACAGGAGACACAACAUCAGCAUUCACCAAGGAAAACAGAACUACUACAGCAAAGAACAUAGGACAGCAAGUUCCUUAGCUUUGGUCAUGUUUCUUUUUGCUUUAUGUUGGCUGCCCAUAUCUAUUGUAAAUUGUAUAAGCUAUUUUUAUCCCAGUGUUGCUGAAAAUAGUACAUUCCAGCCAGUUGUUUUACUAACCAUUCUGUUAUCUCAUGCUAACUCAGCUAUGAAUCCCAUUGUCUAUGCCUUCAAAAUAAGGAAGUUUAAAUACACAUUUCUCAGUAUCAUAAACAAGCACAUCCUCUGCAAGGCUGAUGUUAAUGAAAGUUGUAGCAUUGACCUCACUCUGGAAAAUGUCAUUCCUAAAUAA